AAUGUACACUGGUUAGAUAGGUAGCAUUCUGCCGCUGCACCUGACGUAACUUAGCUGAAUCAACAUCACAAUCCUCCAUGACUGUAUAAGGAUCAAAGGCAGCUCUACUGUCUAUUUCACCAGUCGCUCAACUACUUUCUCAUUCUAUUUACUUCCUUACUUCUUCCCACACUUUACUCGACGACUUACUCACUCUACCCAACAUCUUACUCACUCCACUCAUCUACUCACUUGCUACUAAAUCACUUAUUUGCUCACUCCCAUCUCUUCGUGGCAUAUCAAACAUCAACAUGACGUCUCUGUACAAGCAGUCCAUUCCUGUCUUCACCAAGUACCUCAACAACCUCUCGCACCUCCUCAAGAUGGGGGCCGCCCACGCCGAUGAAAAGGCCAUCAAGCACGACGACAUCAUCAACUUCCGCCUCAUUUCUGACAUGAGAGGACUCGCCUUCCAUGUCCAAUCCUGCUGUAACACCGCCGUCUGGUUCGCCGACCGCGUCGGCAACUUACCCCAUACUCCCGUUGAUGACAACGAGACAACAUUCGAAGAUUUUCAAGCUCGCAUUGAAUCCACCCUCGCCUACCUGGAAGGCAUCAAGCCCGAGGUGCUGGACGACAAGCUUGAUAAGCCGGUUGUUAUAGAGGCCAAGUCGGGCAACUUCAAGAUUGUGGGCGGGCAGGCGUAUUUCUCCGAGUGCGCCAUGCCGAAUUUCCACUUUCAUUUGACCACUGCGUAUUGUCUACUCCGGACGCAAGGAGUGCCGGUUGGGGCGUUAGAUUAUUUGAAGGAUGUUUUUGUUAAAGAGUAGGUAGAUGGGAGUAGUUGGCUCGGCCAAGGGAAUAUUGACUCUUGACAACAGGGGAACAUACGUAGAUAAAAGUCGAAUGAUGGCUCGUUCCAUUUCAUCCAUGUUUAUUCCAGCACCCGUUAAAAACUUUGUAUUCCUUCUCCUCUGCGAGCCAAUAAUCCAGUUAGCAGGAAUUGUCGUUCAAGAUAUCGAGUCGCCACUACGUUGGCCUCCGUGGUCUUAGCUGAAGGAAGUUCGCAUGCCUCUGUUCGUUACUUUUUUUUCUUUCUCUUUUUCUUCCUUUUUGGUGCUUUCUAGAUUUUUAACCUUCGAAAAGGUUAC